AUGCCUGUUCGCCUUCGUCUCGCGCGUCACGGCACGACAAACAAUCCAUUUUAUCAUAUUGUCGCCAUUAAUCAACGAAAAGCGCGCAACGCCAAACCACUGGAACUCCUUGGGACGUACGAUCCUAUCCCACGCGCUCCGACCAUCAACAAGAAAACGUAUCCGGAGAUGUAUGCCACGAGCUCUCAACCUCAUGACGGCGUUGCGACAAAACGCGUCGAAUGGAACCUUGAGAGGAUACACUGGUGGAUAAGCCAGGGAGCGCAGCCGUCUGAUUCUGUUAUGAGACUAUUUACAAUGGCGGGUAUAGAGGUGCCUUUCCGGAAGGAUUGGGUUGAAAAGCAUCCACCGCAAGGAACACUAUAUCACCACAUCGAGAAACCGUCGAAGAAGACAAUGGCAUAG